GGCUCGGUUUUUGGGGAAGCCCCCAACGCGGGCAUCCUCCUGCAUGACGUGGGGCUGGCAAACAGCCCUGGGGAGCGAAACACCCUGAGCCCUCCCCACUCGACCCUGGCCCCGGCCACAACGGUCCCUCUCCACCCUUGCAGAGCGACCUGGGCGGGAAGAAGAUCCUGCAGCGCAAGUGGACGUCCUUCAUGAAAGCCCGCCUGGUCUGCUACAUCCCCUACUACGAGGUGCUGCGGAGCGUGUGCAGCCUGGACAGGGGCGGCUGGCCCAGCACCGUCUUCUACGCCGCCUUCACCCUCUCGGCCCAGUGGAGGACCAUGGAGGCCUCGGCCGUGUGCCGCUACAGCAUCUCCGAGGUGCAGCGAGCCUUCGAGGGCCCCUACAUGGAGUACCAGGACUCGGCUCGCAAGUGGUCCCGCUAUGACGGCAGGGAGAAGACGUGGAGGCACAUGGUGGCAGGGUGA